AUGCGUGUCAAUUCUACUCUUAACUUCACACAUUCUGGAUCGAAGUACACUUAUUUCGAUAGAAUACCUUGGAAUGCGGUGUUUUCUAUUCAAUUCUUGGUUGCUAUGGUGGGAAACUUCCUUAUAGUGUGGAUAGUCUAUAGGGACAAUCGGUUAAAAACUACAACCAAUUACUUAAUAGCAAACAUGGCGGCAAGUGAUCUUAUCGCUGGCUUAUUCAUCUUUCCUGCUCAGAUAGUAUUCAUAAACUUUGACUACCAAUGGCUGAUUGGCGGGGACGUUGGAAAUGCUCUAUGUAAGCUAAAUAUCUUUACAAUAGAGAUGUCUUUCAAUGUUUCUGUAUAUACUUGUGUGGCAAUUGCCAUUGAUCGCUAUUUCGCUGUGGCUCAUCCAUUCAGGAGGAUUUUUGAUGACAGAAUAAAACACGUCAUUGCAUCUAUUUGGAUUAUCACAGCCUUAAUCCGCUCACCACACUUGUACUUUACUGCUACUCUUCAAGUUAGCGACAUUUGGUAUUGCACAAUACCCUACAAGGACCGGCCAUAUUUUAAAGUUUACAAAUAUAUCGUUUUGUUUUUGUCCAGUCUUCUGUCAGCGAUGUUCAUCACAAUUACCUACGCAUUAACUAUCUGCAAACUUUAUAACCACAAAGUGCCCGAAUUGUCAAUACCAGCUCAAAGAAGAAGACAACAAAAAAACAAAAAGGUAUUAAAACAUGGUGUGGCCAUUGUGGUUUUGCUUUAUCUUUGCCACGGUUUUUGGAUGACUUUYAUAAUGUUACUUUCAGAAGGAAAACUAAACCAUCUCUCACCAAAAUCGUCUCACAGCUUGAGUGAGGCUUCAUCUUUCAUUUUGUACCUCAGUCUUGUGUGUAAUUUCUUCAUCUAUGUAAUCUUCAAUGAUAUUUACCGUGUGAACAUCAAAGCUCUGUUACAGAAGUGUUGCUGUCGCUCUCAGGCUAACAGAAAGCAGGAAAUACCAGUUGAAGAGAAAAUGACUCUUGACAAGUUGACGGACUAAUUCAUAAACAUUUUACUUAUGAAUCAUAAGCUAGAAUAAGUAUAAUCAGAAAUAAUGGUCAGUUGAUGUACGACAAUACUGCAAGAACGUUUUCGUGUAUCAGGGAUUGAUUUAGAUAAAUAUGCAUUACAAAAAGUUUUGUACCACAAGAAUAAGUUACAUACUUCCCUUUCCGUUUUUCUUCAUAAUUGGUACUCGGCCAGUCCUUAAUAUUUCAUAUGAUUUGGAUUUUUUUUCUUUUAUGAACAUGAUUACUGAAUAUACAUUACAUUUUGGGGGCUAUACGAGGUGGUGCAUUUCUUAGUUAGUGUUGAUUGAGAUCGCGAAAUCCACAUGAAUACUGAGUCCAAGUAUUAUGGUAAAGAUUAGCGAAGUUUGUUUUGAUAUUUCAAUUAUUAUCAUUUUUUCUUCUUCCCAUAUGCUUUAAAUCGCAAGGGUAGGCUGUCAAUUGGAUAAAAACACCAUUAGAGUUUCGGGGAAUUAGACAAAGUGUAUUUACUAGACAAUAUGCGAUAAUUAAGCUUAAUAUACAGCCGAAACAUUAGGAAGUAAGACUGUAAGCAAUAAAAUCGUUAAAACAUCGAAAAAAAAAAUGUUAGAUUAAAAUGACGAUACCAACAGUUUUCAGAUGACCGAUGUAUUCGUAUAAGAGACUU